AUGUUUAAGUACAAAGGGGGUGCUCGGAGACAUAACACGCCCAUAUGCACCAAUGGCAUAGAAGAUAACGUGCAUGUGUUUCUCAAUUGCACAUAUGCCCAAGAGAUAUGGAGGGCAGCAGCAAUACCACGAGUCCAAGAAGACUUUAUAGAUUUGAAAGACUGGCUGCUCCAGUUGGCGACUACUCUAGAUAAAGAGAAGUUUGCAAAAGUAAUGAUGCUCAUAUGGGGAAUAUGGAAAAAUCGGAACUCUCAGGUGUGGGAAGGCAGCAAGAAGCAUCCUUGCGAUGUAGUAUUGAUGACGUUUGGCUGGUUGAAAGACUUUGCCAAGGCCAACAAAUUGAAUACCCCACAACGUACAAGGAAUCAAGUUCGGGUACCGCCACCGCAACACUGGCUAAAAUGCAAUGUGGAUGGAGCUUUUGUGGCCCAAAAUGGACGAAGCGGAGAUGGGGUCAUCUUUACAGACAAUUAUGGUCAAGUUCGAGCAGCAGCUGUACAACCACUGCAGUUCAUUAUCACACCUUUCCAUGCAGAACUACAAGCUCUAUCUGAGGCACUUCAAAUAGCUACAGGUAUGAACUAUAAUAAGGUCAUCUUUGAAAUAGAUUGUGCCUUAUUAGCAGGAGCAAUGAACCAAGAUGCAGUUGACAUGUCAAUGUGUAGUUUCCUACUGGAUGAGAUGAAAGAAAGGCUGCAGAGUCAUAGGGAGUUCAAAGUAACCUUUGCCCCACGAGAAACAAAUCACAAGCUAGCAAAUAGAGCAUGUAAUAGUCAUAGCCAAACAUGGUUUGGUACUGCUCCCGAAUUUAUAAGGGAUGUCAUCCUAAACGAGUGUACUCGUUGA